UAUAUACGAUGGAAAAUACACAAAAAUUUUAAUUUUGAAAUUUGCUUUGAACAAUUUUUUUUUGAUAAAAUUUCUGAAGAAAUACUAACAACUUUAUAUUUAAAUAUUAAAAUUUGAAUUGAAUGUUUAUAAAAAUUAUAAAUUACUAAAACUUUCAAAAACCAAUCACAAUGGAAAUUUGUUAUCAGCGUUUAAAUUUUUAUUAUAAAAGAUACAAAUAAGUAGAAUGCAUCAUUUAACAAUAUAUCAAUAUUAAAAAUAUACUUUUUUAUCUAUGUAUAUAUUAUGUCAAUUUAAUUAUAUAAAAUAGAAAAUAAAAAACUGAGGAUUAAUAAAAUUUAUUUACGUAUUUACACCAGUUUAAUUAUAUACGUAAUAGUUAUUGACUUUUUCAUUAUCCAAUAUAUAUACAUUAUUUUAUAAUAUAUAAAAGAACAUAUUUCUGCUGUAAAAAAAUAAAAAAUAAAAGAACAUAUUUGUUGCAGGCUGGGAUUCAGACUACACGGAUGGCUUGACUGAGGUUUGGUUUUUGAUCGGUUUGGACAGAUAGGACGGACGGACGAUCGGCUAGGCGGCUGCGAUGGAGGAUUAGACCGGCUGAUUUGUACCUGAAACAAAAGAUGAACUUUUUUAUGAGUUUUAUGGAGUUAUAUGAAGAACAGAAAGUAAACUAUAUGACAAAUGAUGAACUGAAGAAAAUAUGAUUUUUAUGGAUUUUUAUGAUUCAAAACUAAAUGAUAUGGAAAUUGAAAACAAAUCAAAUAAGAAGGAUAGAAAGAUGGAUGAUGGGAUCUUUGUUGCUGGACGUGUGUCUCUCUCAACAAGGAUCAGUGGUUGGUUAGAUGACUGAAGAUGGAAUCCGGCUUGCUUGAUAUGUAUCUCUUCCAAGCUGGAUCGAUGGAUGGAGUGGAUAGAUGGAUAUGGAUUGACUCUCUCAAUCAAUGGACAAACAGAUGGUCUUGAAUCACACAAGGCUCUCUGGAUGUGGCUUCUUUAGGACUUAGUGAAUCACACACAAAGAACUAGAGAAAUAACAACAAAGAAUACACAACUUUGUUUAAAAGAAAACGAUUUCUUAUUACUUUAAAAAGAUGAUCAAGGGUCCUUUACAAUGAACUAUGACCUGAGCUUAUAUAGGCUCGACACUGGGACUACUAUAACGUUCCUAUGACUCAAAAGGAAACUAAGUACACGAAAAUUAAGUAGAAAAAUCAUAAGCUAGGCUCCUUGAAGAUAUCUAGCCGUUAGGCUUGAUUUGAGCCUCUCCAAAAGGAAACUUGAUUGAGCCUUGUAUCUAGACAGCUUCUGGAUAUGCCCAUGAUCUGGAAGCCUUCCUGAAAUACUCCUUAGUCCACAUAUGAAAUAAAAUGGCCGUUGGUCUUCAAAGAGUUGUAGUGAAAACCCAUUUACUCCUCCUAGUGUGAACAUGGCCGAAAAAGGAAAGUUGUUGGCCAUGAAGAUUCACCUGUUCCUCUGCAUGCUGGUCCAUCUAAAAUCUUCUGGAAUUUUUGGAUCGUGUAGGGUAUGUCUUGGUUGCCUGAUCUCGAUUUGGGAAUGAUUGGACCAACUGAUUAUGCAAUCUUUCCAUAAUCGGCUCCUUAUAACCAGGUUUGGGAAAAUGGUUAUAUCUUCAACUUCACUGAGCCUUUUCUCCUGAUUCUUGGCUUGUCGGAUCCACAAAAGAUCCCUCUUGAGAUCCAUAAUUGAUUUUGGCCCGCGCCGCUUCUUGGUUUGGCUGAUUUUCUCUUCUAAGGGCCGAUACUUGCAAACGGAUGGGUUGGGAAACCUCCAACUUGUAAAAUUCAUAACUUCUUCCUCCAUGAAGCUUUUCUUGUAAUUCUAAGCUUCAGUGAUGAAUGAUUGAGCUGGCCUUCUGUGAAAAUUAGUUUCAUGCCAAAAUUCCUUCAGGUGGUUGAGAUGCAUUUCUUUGAAUGAACCUUGGUCGCAGGUAGCUCUAGUGAGGUAGUUGUGGCAGUUGUUGCUUAUCUGGCUGAGCAUUGGUUCAGGUACGGUUUCUGUGCCCGCAACAAUAUUAUACGUAAAAUAAUUUAUAUAUACGAUGUUCAUCCCGCGCAAGGCGCGGAUCUUAAUCUAGUAUCAUAUAAAUAUUGAGAAAAUUCGUGUAACACCACAUAAUAGGAAAUAAGUUUGUAUAAAUAUUUAAGUGAUGGCAACCCAAAACAACUAGAAGAAAAAUGAAGAGAAAUCAAUAGACAGUUCACCCUAAUUUUUUUCUCUUCUAUCCUUUAAAAGCCUCCUCCGCUGUUCGAUGUUUUUCGAUAACAUUUCUCUGGUGUUGUGUCCCUUUAGCUUUCUUUUGUGGCUUUAUGUCUUACCCUUUUGAUCUAUCAUUUUAUUUAAUACUUUUUAAAAAUUACACCAUCAUAUAAUUUAUAAUUCUAUUACAUAUGAUGAUCAACUACCUGCAAUAUAUACAAUACUGAUGAACGCUAUUGUGGCGUUCAGAAGCGGUUACUCCAAUUCAAAGAAUGAUCAGAAUCCUAUAGUGUACAUCGAGGACACUACUAGGAAAUCUCAUAAUGGUUGCAGAUUGCCAAGGAAACAUUGGGUGUGAGAAAAAGGGAAACGUGUUUGCAGAUUUGCUUUUGUUGUUCUUCAAUGGUUACUAGAGAAACCAUUUAUUUUUGCAAAUUGUCUCUUUGUUUGGUUAUUACUUUAAAAUCCUGAUGAAAUUUGGGGUCAAAUCUUAUCGAUUGCUUAAUAAACCGAAUAUUUUAAAACCGGAUCCACAUUUUUUUGUCUGACCAAUCUAUUUGAGUAUGUGACAAAUAGAACUCAAAACAGAACUGAAUUAAACAAGGUUCUUACACAAUCUGAGAUAAUGGGACCCAAGCCACAGUGAUGAGUGGAAUGCAAGAAGACAUGUUACAGUCCAUGCACACUUCUAAACCUCUUCUAGUCAUCCAGACUGCAACGUGCAGCCAAAAACUUAUACUACCGUAGCUUGCAGGAAAUGGUCAAACCCUAAAUAACUCAGCUUUUCCACAAUAUUUUAAAUCUCUUAUGACGCCCAGUAUGUUUCAUCGGAGUCCUGGUAAGGUUACUGUGUUGUUCCUCGAUUACAAAUUAGUUUAACUUAAAAUAAGAAUCAAACUUACAAACUCGUUGAUAUAGUUUUCGAAGAACUCGUCGACACAGAUAAGAACAUAUGAAUUUAUACAAUUGAGAAUCCCAAAUUCCACCUUGAUAACAUCAAAUACGAUCUACUACUUAAGUCAUGAAAACAGAGACGGCCUUAGGCAAAGCAAAGCAAGCAUCCGCUUGCGGCCACCAAUUGCACUGGAAAAUAUAACCUUUAAAAAAAGCCAAUAUUUCUGAAAAAUAUAUAAAAUCAGUCACUUUUUUUCUUUUCGAUUGCGGCCUUAAGUGAGUAUGUGAAUCUCAGGACCGGCUCUGCAUGCAAACCCAUACUUUGCCAUGCGAGUGGUGCUCCCAAGGAAAUCCACGGAUUCCUCAAACUUCCUGACCAAAACUACAUUGGUUAGAAUAUCAGCGAAAUUAUUUACAUUUAUAUCACCUUGAACGAUAAUAUUUUUAAUGAAGUGCAACUUUAAUACUUUAUGCUAAUGUGUUUAUUCUUCUCGCGAUACACAUUUUUCUUUGCUAGACACAAUAAACUUUGAGAGACAACAAUAGGCUCAUGGUACGAUAAUUCUUUCUUUACAAGUAAUUUUUUAUUGGCUAACAUGUGAAAUAUUUUCUAUUCCUUCUUUGUAUUCAACUCUUAUCGAAUGCAAAUAUUCAUAAAUUUCUGAUGAUGCAUCAUCUGAUAACUAACUCUAUGAAAUGAUCCAUUUUUUCCACGAGGUGAUACCAAAUAUACAAUAUCAAUAUUUGUAUAUGUUGAAAAUCUUCAUUAUUUUCUUGUAAAACUUCUCUUUGUUUAUGUAGGUGAAUCAAUUAAAUCCUUUUAAAUUCGCUAAUGAUUCCCCAUUUUUUCUCAUUUAAUCUGUCUUCGAAACCGGAAUGUUUUCUCCUCUAUCAUGGAUCCAUUCUUAAAAUCCUUGCCACAAGUUGGAGAAAUCCAAAUCAAAGACAUGAACUUUUUGACUGUGAAAUCUUUGACGGAAUAAAGCCGAAACAUAUAUUACUGGAUUGGUGUUAGAUUACGGUUGGAAAGAGAUUUUUAUAUUUAAGCAAAAAAAAGAGAUUUUUAUAUUUAAGCAAAAAAAGAGAUUUUUAUAAAGAAAAAUAAAAAUAAAAAUAUCUGAAAAUUGAAACGUUCAAAUCAGUACUUGAUGUUAUAGAAAAAUAAAAACGUAAUUACAAGCAAAAGAUAAAAAAGCAAAAAAUAAAGCCAAAGUUGAAGCUGAAGUUGGCCCAAAGUCAUUGCAGACUUCUGAAAUGUUUUAAGCUUAGAGCCCACAUAAGAGGGACGAUGCGGUUUUUGAAAUGUUUUAAGCUUAGAGCCCACAUAAAAAUUUAUCAUUACGUGUUUUCCAUAUAUCAUAUAAAUAAUGAGAAAAUCCGUGUAACGUCACCUUAAUAGGAAAUCAGUUUGUAUAAAUAUUUAAAUGAUGACAACCCAACAAAUAGAAGAAAAAUGAAGAAAAAUACGAAUAGACAGUUCGCCCUAAUUUUUCUCUCUUCUCUUUCAUCCUUUAAAAGCCUCCUCCGCCGUUUCGGUGUUUUUCGAUAAGCUUUCGAUAACUUUUCUCUAAUGUUGCGCCCCUUUAGCUUUCUUCUGUGUCUUUAUGUCUCUCUUUUGAUCUAUGAUUUUCUUUAACAUUGGGUAACAAUUACACCAUCAUAUAAUCUCUAAUUCUAUUACAUAUUAAUGAUCAACUACCUGCAGCAUAUGCAAUACUGAUAAGCAACUCCACAGAUAAUGAUUUCACGAUGAAGCUUUCCCCAAAACACUUGGAUUCACGCACGGUUCUACAUGUGCAACUCCUUUGAUGGGCGUACUCUCUCUCUCAGACGACCACUCUACUUGGAACCUCCAAUAAGUUUUUCAUCUUAUAAUCUACAAUAAGCUGUAUUGUUUUGGAUUUCUACACCCCAGGCACAGGUGUAUAAUUAACCAAUAAGCCACAGUGCUUCUACACCUUUUUGAUCUAUCUUUUGAUGGGGUUUCACCCUUUUCUCACUUGUUUUUAGUUGAUUGGAGCCUUCACAUUGACUUUGCGAAAAAGAAUUUAAUUUGGGGACAAAUAUGUGUCUUAUUUAUGGUUGUGUUUAAAUAUUUUGUCAAAUUAUGAUGUUGUGGUGUUGCAGAUUUUGGAUCUCGUUGGUUCAAGCUUGGUGAUCCUUUGUGGCAUGGAUCUAUUCUAUUCGGAGUUAUGUGGAUGUAUUUGGCUUCUUCGGUACUGGCCUUCUUCAUUAGUUUGGCGCUUCAGUUAUAUAUGGUGUUCAGAUCUAUUGCUACGUGCUCUCCUUUUCCGGUGCGUUCUCAGAUCUUCUUUGGACUUGUCGGACGAAUGUUUGUUCUAGCCAGAGAGAUUGCAGUGCAUGAAGGUGAAGAUAACAUUCCACAUAAUACGUGAUGACCGGACCAAAGAGAUUGGAUCAAUAAACCGGACCGUGAUUUCCUUCCUUUUUUGUCUUCGAUAGUGUCAACAAAACCUGACUAUAUAUACUUCUUUCUCAGGAAACAGAGAUUAUGAGAUGGCAGCGGGGGGAACAAAUCAAUCAAAAUCUAGGGCUCCACCUACAAUGACGGCUCCUGAAUCAAUCUCCUUAGCGAUCAACCAAAUCGACGAGAAGAAGCAAAAGCUGAAGCAAGCCUUCGACGACCUUCAACCUCACCGUUCCCUCCUCUCCCCAUCUUUCAACCUCUCCUGGUCCGACAUCGACUCUCGCUUCUCCUCUCUCCAGUCCUCACUCUCUGACCGCUUCCGCCUCCUCCAACCCGACAGAACCGAACCACCCCCGCUCCUCUGGCCGGAACUGCGAACGUUCUGCGACAACAUGGACGGCAAAGGCUUGGGGAAGUUCAUGGUUGAUAACUCGAAUAAGCGUUUGUCGAUCAAACCGGAGCUUGCGCAAGCGAUUCGAUCCUCAUCGAGUCCAGCAGCUUUGGUUCUUGACGCGAUCCAAGGCUCUUACCGUUGUUCCCCGCCGUCUUCCGCCAGAGCCCUCGAUGCGAGGAGGACGUUCGUUUUGCUGUUGGAAGCUUUGAUUGAGAUCAAACCAAGUCUCACUAACGAGUUGAGGGAGAGAGCGAGGACGCUCGCUUCCGAUUGGAGGUUGAAUAUAUGUAACAAAUCAUCGGAAGCGUUAGGGUUUCUUCACUUGGUCGUAGUCUUUGAGUUAGUAUCUGUGUUUAAGAUGGAAGAGAUUCUUGAUUACGUUUUCUUGAUCUCCAAGUGUAGACAAGCGACUACGUUAUCUAAGAUGCUUGGUUUGGAUAAGACCAUAGUCGCUGGUAUUGUUCAGAAGCUGUUGCAUACCGGGAGGUUACUUGCUGCGAUUACUUUUAUUUACGAGUUUGAGAUGACUGAUAGGUUCCGACCAGUUAAUGUUUUGAAAACUAGUUUAUACAACUCUAGAGAGGCUGCUAAGAGGGUCUGCGCCGAAGGGGGUAACUCUCUCAAGGCCCAGAACGAAGCUACUGAUAAAGAGCUUAGUGCGUUGAGGUUGGUGAUCAGGGUGAUUAAGGAGAGGAACCUUGAAAUUGAGUUUUUUGAAGAGGAUCUUGAGGAAUCCGUUCAAGAGUUGGAGAAUCUGAGAGCUCAGAGGAGGCAAGCCGCUAAGCCCGCUUCCCCUGCUAUUCCCCCUAAACGACCUCGAGUUGCUACGGGUAAUAAUUUGACAACUCGGACACAUAAUCAGCAACCGCCGCUUUUGCCUGAUCCUAGGCACGGUUUACAAGUGAACCCGUUUGGUUUUGUGAACUCAACAGUGCCUGGUGUUAAUGUCCCAUAUGGCAACCAAUUGGCUCCAUAUGGAUCGGUUCCAGCUCCAGCUAUAGUGGCUCGACCUGUCUACUAUCAGCAGCAAACUGGAUAUGGGUUACGACCUCAAUACCAACCACCUUACUAUCCUCAGUAGCAUCUCCAUUGUUGGCUAGGGAAUGCAAGGGAUAUUGAACUAUAAGAAGAUUUUGGUGUAUUGAAUUAUAUAUGUGUGUGUGUGUGUAUGAUUUUCUGUAUUGACAAAAGUAAAUUAUCUCAAAGGACCACAUAUAAGAUACUUGAUAUAAUUGUUGUUUUUGCGAUGGUAUAAAAGAAAAUGAAUAAUCUUGUGCUACU